AUGAAUCCCGGAUACGGCGGCAUGCCCAGCCGCAGAAGGAUCCGCGGGCCGCUGCAUCCGGCCCACCGAGCGCCUCCUUCGUCUUCGCAACAGGACGGCAUGUUGCAUCAGGAUGGAGCGGGACCGUCGACGGGCCAAAAGAGAGGCUGGACAUCGACGAUACGCUCCGGUGCUACCGACCACCGCCCCAUGCCCUGGGACCAGCCGUCAUCGCAUCCCUCGGUCACCACCAGCCUGUCCGCGUCACCGACCGAUACCCGCUCGUCGCCAUCGACAUCCUUCGCCUCGGCGUCAGUCACUGCAUACCCGCAUGCCCCUCGUAGCGACUUUGUCUUUCAGUCAGGCAUGCAGAUGCCCUUCCAUGGCCCUUCCAGCUUCGACGGUGGCGUUCAGCGUAGCGCGGAGAAUCCGCCUAGAGACGCCUCUUCCCACUCGCUGCCUGCCAGCAACAGCCAGACCGCCUUCUCUACCACAUCAGCCGGAAGUCCAGCGAGCUUCCGCACUGCCACCGAGCUCGAACCCCAGGUGGCGGCCCACGGCACCAUCUCUUCGCGCGGCAUGCCCUCGGCUCAGCAGGCCCUGCUGCAGGAGCAGCGCAAGACGGCCGGUAGAGGAGCCGUCAGCGAGGUGGCCGAAGACGAGCACCACGAAGGGCCGCCUUCAAAGCGCAGGCGCGGCCUGGCAGGCACCAUCGUCGACACAGCACUCAACGCCGCGCUUUACACUGGCGCCGCUGCGCUCACCGCCUACUCGCUAUGGUCGACGUGGGGCAAGAGGGCCGACGGCGAGGCCGAAGAACCCGAUGGCGGACCAGUGCUGCCUUCGCACAAGACGCUGCCAGAAAAGCACCUGCCACCUGGCGGCCUCGACGAGCCGCCACCGCCCUAUCCGGUCUACGACCUGGCUGCGGGCCCCUCGACGCCCAAGUCGCCCGCCAAUGCGCGAAAGCAGCGAGUGUUUGUGUCGGCUCAGAGGAAUCGAAGGCGGCCGACGUUUCAGUCGCACCGGGCGACGCAGUCUUCGGGCACGCCACGCAAGGCAAUCCCCGACGCCUUCCGAUCCACGCCACCGGCUCAGGAGGAAGUUCGGACGGAGGGCUCCGGCCAGUCCUCCGGAGCCGCUGGCCACGGCGACGACGAAGACGACGAUGACGAGGACGGCAUGUUCCAGCGCUUCCAGGACAAGAUGAAUGCCCUCAUCGCACAGGGCCAGGCGGCCCUUGAGUCCAAGCCCUCGUUGGACGCCAUGGACUUUGACCAGGACGACCUGGGCGAGGGCAAUGGCCCCGGCUUUGCUUUGAGCAGCUCUAACUCGGCUCCCAGCCUGGGCGUCGCUGACCAGGCGGGUCAGCACGGUCGCGCAUUCUCCAAUCGCACAGUCUCGAUGUCCUGGUACGAGGCGGGCGCACCUUCUUCGGGUAUGGUGCAAUCGCAGUCUCAGCCUUCGGCGCUCUAUUCGCAGGGAAGCCCGGCCUACUACCCCGAGCCUAUCAAGCGGAGUCACCCGAGCGGCGGUGCCAACACUCCGGGACGACGGAUAGCAGCCUCGAGAUCGUCGGCGGCAGCUUGGCAGUCGCCGUCGACGGACAGCUCCAGCGGCACGCCGUCGCGCCGCACGAGCAUGCUGCCCCGACCCUCGGCCUCGCUCAACUCUCGUAGAGCUACCGGCUACGCCCCUCGCUAG